UAUCAACGUUACUCGACGGCAGAAAUCAGUCGCCGUGCAGUCAAUUUCGUGAGAACUGCGGAGUUGUAGAAUGCAGUUUGCCCUUGGCUGGCUGGCUCGUUCGCUGCGCGGAGUUUUUCUGUGAUACUACGGCCGAACCGAAGGCCAUCUUUGGAAAAAUCACGAUUCGGUUGUUUCCCGACGAGAUGCCCGCCUUCAAAACCCACCAUUAUUGUCCAGUUUCUUGUGGCUCUAGAUAGUUUUGCUCUGUAUGCUUACAUAAAUGUGCGUUACAGUGGGCAGACCAUUGUUUGCUCCGAUAUGGCUCUACCUAGGGUAUCAGGCGUAAGUGACUGUACCAGUGCCGGGCAAAUCGCCCGGAUUACCUCCAAUCUGCACCCCACCAGCACCAUGGCUGUGAGCCGCGUGCCCAGCCCGCCGCCCCAGGAAGUUAACACACCAGUAGCCGAAAAUUGGUGUUACACUCAGGUGAAAGUAGUAAAGUUCAGUUACAUGUGGACCAUCAACAACUUCAGCUUUUGCCGGGAAGAAAUGGGAGAGGUUCUUAAGUCAUCAACAUUUUCCGCCGGCGCGAAUGAUAAACUAAAAUGGUGUUUAAGGGUAAACCCGAAAGGCUUGGACGAGGAAAGCAAAGACUACUUGUCACUGUACCUUCUUCUAGUGUCAUGUAAUAAAAGCGAAGUAAGAGCGAAGUUCAAAUUUAGUAUACUGAAUGCGAAACGUGAAGAGACCAAAGCGAUGGAAAGUCAGAGGGCUUAUCGUUUCGUCCAAGGCAAGGAUUGGGGCUUUAAGAAGUUCAUUCGACGGGAUUUUUUAUUGGAUGAAGCCAAUGGUUUGCUGCCGGACGAUAAGUUGACCAUUUUUUGUGAGGUUAGUGUGGUCGCCGACAGUGUGAAUAUAUCGGGACAGUCAAAUACAGUACAGUUCAAAGUUCCCGAGUGUCGUCUUUCUGACGACCUCGGGUUGCUAUUUGAGAAUCAGAAAUUCAGCGACGUUACCUUGUCAGUAGCUGGUCGAGAGUUCCAAGCCCACAAAGCAAUACUAGCAGCCCGAAGUCCAGUAUUUCAAGCGAUGUUUGAACAUGAAAUGGAAGAGCGCAAGCAUAACAGAGUGGACAUAACUGACGUUGAUCACGAAGUGUUAAGGGAGAUGCUUAGGUUUAUAUACACCGGAAAAGCUUCGAAUCUCGAGAAAAUGGCGGACGAUCUUCUGGCGGCAGCCGAUAAGUAUGCCCUUGAAAGGUUAAAGGUCAUGUGCGAGGAAGCUUUGUGUACUAAUUUGUCAAUAGAGAAUGCAGCAGAGAUAUUAAUUCUAGCCGACUUGCACAGUGCAGACCAGCUGAAGGCGCAGGCCAUAGACUUUAUAAAUACACAUGCAACCGAUGUAAUGGACACGCCCGGUUGGAAGUCCAUGAUCCAGACGCAUCCCCACUUGAUAGCAGAGGCUUUUAGGGCGCUAGCGACCCAACAAAUACCACCGAUAGGGCCCCCUCGGAAGCGGGUCAAACAAAGCUGA